AUGCCCAUCUUCCAGGCCGACCUCGAGCUGCUGCUGGAGGGCCAAGCUCGCGAUGCUGCCGCCGAGCCGAGCCCUGCCACGGCUGAUCAGGCUGGUCAGUCUCGGCCAGCGACCUCCUUCCUCCAUCCCAAUCUGGAGCAGCCAGCGCUCUUGAGAAAGCUGUCGGAGGAAAGCAUUCUUCACCGAGCUCUCGAGUCGUUAUAUGACGGACCACCACCACCUCGCCAAUCCCGGAGCCCACGCCCACCAGCCGAUACGUCCUCCCUCCUCCCACCUGCCGAUAUCACCCCCGAGAAACUGAAGGACGUCAUAGUCGUGGAUGAGGAAGCCAGGCUGAGAGACGGGUUGAACAUACAGAGGCCGAGGUCUGCCCUCCAUAGCGGUGACUUCACCCAGAUCCACGCCCACGCCCACGCCCACCCUCUUCGAGACGACGAAGACCGGCCCGGACCAGCCCCAUUACAGCCUCCUGCUCACUCUUGGAUAGCAACAUCUCCGCCUCGUGGGUACUUGCCGUUCGAUCUCACCCAGGGAUUGUCGGUUCCGCGCAAUGACGACUACCAAUCCAUACCGUCGUCAUUGUCGUCGUCCUUCUCCUCCAACUUUGCAUACAGACCGCCCACGAGUCCUCUAGUACAAUCCGAAAGCAACGACGAGUUUGACCUGGUGCAGCCGAUCCGGAGCAUGAGCUCUGCUUCCACGCCAGCCAGCCUCCGACGACACACACUGACGUCGAGUCCCUCACCCUUUGCUCUGCCGCCGAGGUCGGCACACUUGGGAGGAUCCCUCUCGCACAGGAGAGAGUCUUCGUUGCCCUAUCAGGCGCACCAGCCACGUCGUUCUCUCACCUCGACCCCCAACACGCCAUGCCUGGGUCCAUCGCCCUCUCCUCAGACCCCCGCGUUUCUCCGGUCGAGGAGACCAUCCUUUAGCGAUGCCUCCCCCUUGCAGCAUGCUUCCAUGGUCGGAUCGUACGAGGAGAGUAUUCUUCGCGGCCGCAUGUCCACCAAUCCGUCCAAGCCACUUGAUUUUCUUGCCCAGAUUGGUGUUCUGGGCCUGGGAAAGUGUAAGCCCAGCCUGAAAUGUCCGUCUCAUGUGACGCUGCCAUUUCCCGCCGUAUUUUACAGUUACGGAAGCAGUGCUGGGACUGGCCGCUCGCCGAUGGAGGAUGGACCGAGUCCGUAUGUCGGUCAGAUCGAUCUCGAAAAUGGCUUGCCAAGCCACGGCGGCGAAGAUCGGACAAAAAAGAAGAUGCACAGCCGGUAUACAGACCGCCAGGCGACUGGUCAAGAAAUUGGAUCGCCGACCAUAUCCACCGGAGCCUUGGAUCGAGAGUCGCACAAAGCCAGCCGCGCACGGAGACGGUCAGGGUCGCCUCGAGCUCCGCCGGGCGGUAGCUAUCGAGUCCCGGAGAAGGGACAGAUCCAGAUUGUCAUCAAAAAUCCGAACAAGACGGCGGUCAAGCUUUUCCUGGUGCCUUACGAUCUGGCCGGUAUGGAACCCGGCACCAAGACCUUCAUCAGGCAGCGAAGCUACUCGGCCGGCCCGAUCAUUGAGAACGCACCCGAUGAUCCCGUGCACAACAGAUCCAUAUUACGCUACCUUGUUCAUCUGCACUUCUGCUGUCCGUCAAAGGGCAGAUAUUACCUCUACAAAAGCAUACGCAUUGUGUUCGCCAACAGAGUCCCCGACGGCAAAGAAAAGUUGCGCAACGAGACAACCUGGCCUGAGCCCAAAUUCUCCACGUACAAGCCGAUUCGGGUCAUGAACCCGCCCCUCUCGAGUACCGGUCCUGGAGCCAUGCUCGCAGCAGAGAAAGCUUUCCGGCGACGGAGCUCGGGCUUCUCAUUUGGCCCCUCCGUGCAGGCCUUCGACGCCAUGGAUGGGGUCAUGCACAGUCGGGCCCCGGCGCAGCACUCGUCGCCAUCGCCGUUCAGUUUUGGGGGCAACACACAGCCCGUGGAUCCCAUACCGCUCAGGUUCCCGUCGAGAAAUCGUCUGGGCAGCGAUGUCAGCGACAGCACCGACACGACAGGCCUGACUGGUCUGCGAUCCCCGGGUUCAUCGCAGACCAGUCGGCCGACGACCAAGGACGGCCUGGAUGCGCAGAUUGCACGGUACGAGAAGCUCAACAAAGGCGAUGUCGGGUACGGAGGCAAUGCCUUCGCUGGGCUUGGCCGGGGAAGCCCUUCUGGGACCGAAGGUCUCCUUUCGCAGCGAUUGCGUUCACUCGGCGUUCAGGGACAGGGUAGUCCCCCGCCUGACGACGUGGACUGA